ACAACCCCUCCAUUGUCUCUCUCUUACAUCUCUCUCUCUCUCUCUCCUCCUCUCCUUCUUCGUCUUCUUCUUUCUCUCCCCAUUUGGCGAUGGCUUCGCCAUUAGAGGAGCACGACUACAUCGGCCUCGCCGGGGGCUCCGCCAUGGACGGCGCCUCCAAGCUCUCUUCGUCGUCGUCGUCGUCGUCGUCGUCGUUGUCCUCCUCCUCCUCCUCCACCAUCUCGGCCGAGGCCCACGACCUCAAGGGGACGGAGCUCCGGCUCGGGCUCCCCGGCUCGGAGUCGCCGAGCCGGGUCGGGCUCGCCCUAGGGUUUCCGAAGAGCUCGGUCUCCGGGGGGAAGAGGGGGUUCUCCGACUCCGUUGAUGGAUCCGGGAACUGGGGUUUCCCCGGGAGUGGGCGAUCCGAGGUGGGGUUGGGGAGAGGAGAGCUCGGCGGUGGGAGGGUCGCGGGGCUGGGGAAUUCGGCGUCGCAGGAGACGAAGGAGCAGAAGGAGCAGGUUGCUUCAGGUGGAGCUGCUCCUGCAGCGAAGGCACAGGUCGUUGGUUGGCCACCCAUUCGUAAUUACCGGAAGAAUACAAUGGCUUUAAGUCCACAAAAGAACAAAGAAGAAGCUGAAGGAAAACAAGGGCAAGAAUGCCUUUAUGUUAAGGUAAGCAUGGAUGGAGCCCCAUAUCUUAGAAAAGUGGAUCUCAGAACAUACUUCAACUAUAAAGAGCUUUCCCUGGCGCUUGAAAAGAUGUUCAGCUGCUUUCUUGUUGGUAGGGAUGGGCCAACUGAGAAUCUGAUGAUGGAUGCUAUUAAGGACUCUAAAUAUGUCCUCACUUAUGAAGACAAAGAUGGUGAUUGGAUGCUUGUUGGUGAUGUUCCAUGGGAUAUGUUCACAAAUUCAUGCCGUAAGUUGAGGAUCAGCAAGGGGCCAGAUGCUACUGGAAAUGCUCCAAGGGCCGCAGAGAAGAAGAGCCAGAUCUGACAGGGCUUGUGAUCAGUGCAAGUGUGAACUGCGAACCCCUAAAAUGGUUAGUUGCAACUUAUUAGGGCCCUUCUCUAUACUCUUAGGAUCUAAGGGUCUCUUUAGGGCAUUUUCUCUCUCUCUAUGUUGUAGUCUAUUACAUGUUUAAGUAAAGCCUUUUACUUCCUGAUAUUUCCACGAGAUUUCUAUCGGACUGCAUCGUUCAGCCGCUGUAUUAUUCUCCCCCCCGUGUCAUUUUCAUUUCUUUUAGAUGGCCUACUUUUUGUUUGCUCCUGCUACUGGAAUGCUGUUUCCUUGUUAUUUUCUCGAGCGGCUAUUUCUCUCCCUAAACAUUGAUUGUUGCUUAAAGAGGGCUGGACCUUCUUCUAAAACGAUGUAAUCUUAAUGCCGUCGUCUACUUUCGUCA